UCAGUUUUCCAAAUAAGGAGGCGAACUUCAUUUUACUUUGUCUCAAAAAGUCAAAAAUAAAAAAUGAAAUAUGAUAUUAAUAUUUAAUAGUACCGCCGCACUCAUAUUCCUUCCCGCGUUAAAAUCUCCGGUCACCCCGUCUCACAUUUAAACCCCACCGACACCGGUAUAACCGGUAACCCUUUCACUAAUACGUACCUCGGCGCACGCGCCAUCCCACGCGCGGCCACAAUUUAUAGCCCGUAAUAUAUUUUCGCACUUUAUUUAAUUUUUUCCGGAGAUUUUUUUCCAUUUACGUGAAAAAUGAUGCAGCUGCCAAAGAUCAGUACUAGCGAAGAAAACGGCGACGAAAUGAAAUCGGUACCAUUAGAUCCGGAUCGAAAGGAUCCGGCCCCUAAAGUGGGCCCCGACCCUGACCCGAUACCAGAUGGCGGCGCGUCAAAGCCUGCGGGCAAUGACCAUACUGACGCCCGAGGUCUAGGCAGUAUUGGUGACUCAGAUUUGAAGGACAAGAGUGGUGGAGUAGAGGAGAACAGCGUCGAUUCCGCGGCGGAGGGUAUGAGGGCGAAGAAAUCGGUGCGGUGGAGCCAGGAACUGGUGAUGGAGUCGCCGGUGCCGAGGGAUUCCGAUCGCGGAUCCGCCAACCCCUACGAGAAUUACUCGCCGUCGCCUGCGCAAGAUUCCUCGUCUUUCAAUUUCAAAGAAACAAUGGGUAGCGUGAAGGAUGUGCUGGGGAGAUGGAGGAAAAAAGUUGGAGAAGCAUCCCGAAAGGCUGAGGACUUUGCUGGGAACACUUGGCAGCACUUGAAAACAAGCCCAAGCAUGACGGAUGCUGCCUUAGGAAGAAUUGCGCAAGGAACAAAGGUUCUAGCUGAAGGCGGUUAUGAAAAAAUAUUUCGUCAAACAUUUGAGACUGUUCCUGAGGAGCAUCUAAAAAAUUCAUUUGCAUGUUACUUGUCCACAUCAGCUGGUCCAGUCAUGGGUGUUUUGUAUGUAUCGACUGCAAAGCUUGCAUUCUGUAGCGACAAUCCACUUUCCUAUCAAGGUUCUGAUAAGACUGAAUGGAGCUAUUAUAAGGUUGUUAUCCCAUUGCAUCAACUAAAAGCCAUCAACCCUUCAACAAGUAGAACAAAUCCGGCUGAAAAGUAUAUGCAGGUCAUAUCUGUUGAUAACCAUGAAUUCUGGUACAUGGGGUUCUUAAACUAUAAUGGUGCAGUAGAAUGCCUUGAGCAGGCCUUGCUAGGCCGCGACAUGCAAUCAGUGUAAAAUGUCAUCACUCUUCUCAUUGCAAAGGAAUUGCUUUCUCAUCUUUGGUGCACAUGAAGAAAACUGAAGUCGGAAUCCCGAGAAUCGCGCUUUACCUUAGUUAAAGAUGUCUUCUCAUGUUGCACAUUACAGUUAUUAACUCGUGAAAGCAUUUUCUAUCACAUCAUUGCUACAUGUAACUGCAUCAUUAUUGUCUUUUACUUCUGUGCGCCAUGUUAAUGAGACAGCAUCAUAAUGUUGUGAUCAAUAUUUCUUGCUACACUCCUAGGAUACAUGUACCUACCUGUUUCAAAGGCCUUCACUCUUCUACAUUUAUGCUCAAGAUUUAAUGAAAUAUCUGUCAUGAUUGUCUUCA